CACACAUCCAUCCCACACUCGCACAUAAUACCCAAGGCUUCGCAUCCUCGGCUCGCACAGCCCAUCCGCUCGGGACGGUAACCAACGCCGGAUGGGAUGUGGAGUCGUCAGGUGCAGCCGUCACCGCCACCUUCUCUGACGACCUCUGGAAAUCAGAGCUCUUGACGAGGAGGAGGAGGAGGAGGAGAGGAAGAUUAAUCCCGCUAAACCGGCUCUUCCCCCUCCCUUUUCUUGCACCUUGCAAGACCGCCAGACUGCCGGGAGUAGCCGAGGGGAGCACCGCGGAGUCCUGAAAAAUGGAGAUCAUCGAAACAAGCACGAUUCAGCAGGAGAGGCUCCAGGCUAUAGCGGAAAAGAGAAAACGCCAAACGGAGAUUGAAAACAAACGGCGACAAUUAGAAGAUGACAGGCGCCAGUUACAGCACUUAAAGUCAAAGGCUCUGCGAGAGAGAUGGCUGCUGGAAGGAGCUCCAUCAUCCACAGCAGAAGAGGGUGAAGCCACAAAGAAGCUGAUGGAGGAGGACAACUUGAAGGCCAAGGAACUGGAAGAGAACAUCCAGAGGUUGGAGAAAGAAUUGGAACAACUGGAAAAUGGCAUCUCAGCAUCUUCUACCAAAGAGAACAUGGCUGAGGAAACAACCAGAGUGGUGGUCAAGGAAGAGAAGCUACCCCACACGCCGAAGACUCCUCUAGGCUCAGCCAAAGCAGACAACAAAAUCUCCAACAGUCCCAUAAAAGUGGUGGAAGGCAAGGGCAGCGGCUUGAUGAAAGCAGCUAUGUACUCUGUAGAGAUCACUGUGGAGAAGGACAAAGUCACAGGGGAGACCAAAGUCCUGUCCAGCACCACUAGACUACCCAAAGAGAACACAGUUCAGGGAGUCAAAGUGUACGAGGACGAGCUGAAAGUGGUCCAUGCAGUCCGUACCGAAGAUGGGGCUAUUGAGAAUGGUGUCCACCAACUCAGCUCAUCCGAAGUGGAUGAGCUCAUCCAUAAGGCCGAUGAAGUGACCCUGAGUGAAGUCUCUGAGAAGGCUGCCAAAGAGGCCCAAGGCAAGCUCCCAAGCCAGAAGGUCACCCCCCGGAAGGAAAUCACAGGUGUGCAGGCUAAACCAAUGGAGAGCCCAAAGCUUGGGGGUGAUGGCCCAGAGCCUAGCAAAGAACAACCCGUCACCAUGAUCUUCAUGGGCUACCAGAAUGUGGAAGAUGAAAAUGAGACCAAAAAAGUGCUGGGGCUCGAAGGAGAGCAAAUCAAGGCCGAACUGGUGGUGAUAGAAGAUGCUGAGAAUAAACCAGCAGGAGACCACACAGCAGAUCACGCCCCACCUAAUGGCAGCGCGAUGGAACCCUUGCCUCAGAAGGAGGAAAACCAAGUUGGAGCACAGCCAUCAGCCAAUGACACGGACCCGAAAGGAGCAGACCAGGAUCUUGACGUGAAGAAACAGCGUUGUAAAUGCUGCUCGGUUAUGUAAGAGGCCCUUGCCAAGCCCCUCCCUCAACUAUACAGCCAAUCAGGACUGCCUUUUCCCAUCAUUCUCACCUGGACACCUUGACUCCGCCUCUCCAGUUACCUUCUCAAUUCUACAAAGGUCUGAGUUCAAAGUGUUGCUAUUUUUACUUAACAAGAUGUGCUAUUUGCAUCCCCCCAAGGAUGUUCCCCCUCCCUUAUUUUCAAGUGACGGGGGGGGGGAAUAUAAGUGCAGUGCUGGUGAAAUCAUGUAAAAUAGCCAACAAUGACACUAAAUUGCCAGUCUGAUUUUUUUCCUGCCUCCAUUAACUCCUUUAUUCAUUAUUUCAUAAAGGAACAGACCCAAAAUUUAAUGAUGGAAGUGAUCAAUCAGUCCAGUCCCUUUUCUUUCCUAUUUGGACAUUUUAAAUUGUAAUGGUUGAAUAUUCCAUGGAGACCUUUUGAUUAGAAAUGAAAACGAGUGAAUGCUUCCCCACAGUUCAGUGCUGUUUCCAUUUUCUGAAAUGUUUAAAAAAGAAAAUUAACCGAUCAAGGAAGGAGACUCACCAUUCUUGGCUUCCUCUUGAAAUUUCUGAAUCUUUUGAAAUCCAAUUAUCUUUGAUAUCUCCCAAAGUCCUUCACAUCCUAAUUUCCUUAAGGAUACUGGUGACAAAAAUCUUCUACAGUGGGAAUGUUAAGAUCAGAAAACCAUCAAGCAAACCAAGUUUUUCACAAGUUUUAAAAACAGGUCAACUCGUGUUUUUUUUUUUUUUGUGCACCACAGAACUUGGUCCUGAACCAAAGCAUCCAGAUGUUGGAAAUUGGUUUCGCCUCCAAAAUAACUCCAUGACAUCUUCACAAGAAUUUAUUGGCCUUCUCAUCCUGUUGAUUGCAGGAGCUUUGACAAGGAUGUAAUUGUUGAGCUUUAAAGCUCUGAAAAAGAAAAAACUGGGUUGAUUUUGUAUGUUUUUCCCCCCCAAAAUACCAUGACAACUACUCUGGACUAUAAGACUCUGGGCCUAUGGUUGAUGUCCGAGUAGACUUUAUGAUUCAGUGAGCGAUCUCUAUUGAUGAUAAGAAUUAUUGACACUAGAUGUAUAUUUUAUGGCUGUUAGACCAGUCUUCCCCAACCUAGGAUUUACACAUUGGACCAUUUGGCUACAGAUGAUGGGAACGGUCAUCUAACACAUCUGAAGGGCAUCUAGAUUGGGAAAAGAUAUGAUGGAUUCGCUCAGUGGAAUAGAGAGCUGUGCUGGACUGUCAGGUGCUCAGCAUCAGAUAAUGUACCUGCAAAUAGUUAGGAGGCAGAAAAAACAGUCCAGUGAAAGAACCAAGAUUAGUCUGGUGGGGGGAAUGGGAGGGUCAUAGGUUUCCCUGAUGGAAGAGGCAAAAGGCAUUUAAAACCAACAGUAAGCAAAGACAUAGGAUGGGAUGUCACUGGCACAAAGUAAACAAUAGUGAAACUUAGAAGAGAUAAGAAUUGGUGGUUCUGUGGUUCCUGAUAAGCUUCAUCAAGGAGAAAGGUCCCUGAUAUCAAUUUGGGGGGCUGGGGGGGGGGGCUUGUUCUGAGAAUAAUUCCUUCUCUCUGCUUCCCCAUCAAGUCCUUUAAGGGAAAAAGUGCCCUUGGCACUCUUAGAUAUUUAACAAGUAGUCUUCCCUUCCCUCCUCCUUAUCUUUAUCUGGGCCUUUCCCAUUUUUAUUUACAUCCUUUAAAGGGUUCUUCAGUUCAAGGCUGCUUCACAAACAUUUCUCCUAAUUUGUGGUGGCUGGAAUUUUUGGAGACCAGAUGGAUCAGAUUGAAAAGGCGCUGACUAUCUCCAUCCCCCCCCUAAAGAAACUAGAGUCUGCCACAUGUCUCGGCUUCCAUUCCUGAGAUAUUACAACCUGAACUGUCAAAGUAAACAGUUCCACUUCAGCUACUGAGACAAAUAACAUAAGUAAUAUUUGGGUUUUUCUGGGGCUACCUUGCAUUCCCCAAUUGUAUGGAGACCAUAGCUUCCAGGGGUUCCCACCUGGCAUAGAUCUGUCAAUCAAAAUUCUGGGAAAUGUAGUGUCAUGAGGUUCCAGAUUGUAGAAGGUCUAUCCCAUAUAUAUGAAAUCAGAGGCAAAAUAUAUGCAAAUCUCCAUAUAUGUGCAUAUAUAUAAAAUCUCCAGGUUAAUCAUCCUUCUGGCCAUGAUCAUACCUAGUUAACAGGGCAUCUUAAUUUUUAUUUUGCUUAACUAAGAUCCAUGGAUUGGCCUUGCUUUCUAAGCUGUUCCCCAGCUUAGACCCCUUCAUGCUGGUCAACUGUCUGUGGGGCACCGCUGAGCAGUAUAAUAACUGCACUUCCUGUUGUUCUACUCCUUCUUAGAUCAUCAGCACAGCUUUCUUUUCAAGCACUCUAAGAUGGAUGAUCUUUGAAAAUAUAGAAUAGUGUUCAAGGAUGGAAUGAAGAAACCUCAGUUCCCACCAAAUUCAGCUGAAAGCUAGAUUCCCACUGAGCCUUUCUAAGCCUGAUUUGCUGAAAAGGUGAAAGAUAAAGUUCUAGUAAUUUGAACAAGUUCCACUUUAAAACCAAAUUUAUCUUUUGGUUUGUUCGGAUGGAGACUUUCUCAUUUGCACUUUUUUUUUCUUUUUUUGUGAACUGAUGAGUUAGUUCUUCCCCUUCCAGAUAAUUGAAAACUGUAUGGAUAUUGUUUUCAAAGCAUCUCCUGAAUCUUUCCCAAGCUCUGAACAAACUGUUGCAUCAGUUUCUCAAAAUACUAUAGCUUCCAAAUGUUGUAUCUCUACUAACCCACACAAGUCUUAGGAGCAGGCCUUGACAAUUCUUCCUUGGAUCUGAUGGAAAAGCAAUGAAGAAACUGUUAUAUGGUGAAGAAGACCCUCUGUGCACAUAAGGGUGCUUCCCAUAAGACUUUGAAGGGUUUUUUUUUCAUCCCAAAACACUAGAAUCCUACUGAUCAGUAUCCAAGAAUUUUAGGAUUUUGGAGUAUGUUCCCCAUUCCAUCUCCCCAGCAGUGUUGAGAUUUGUGACUGACAGGCAACGGAAUCUGAUAACUCUACUUGCAAUGUUAGAGUUCCAAGUUAAGGAAAGUCAUUUUGAGGACACUUCCUUGCAUUGACCAAAAGAACCUGGAAGAAGAGUUUUCCAUAACGAUAUCAUUCAAAUGCCUUCUUCCAUCUGUAUUCAUAAAAUGCAUCCAUGCAAAGUUUUAGGGCAGGGAGCAGUCACUGGGUGAGCUGCUUUUGCACAUUUCUGCUUGGCUUGACAAUCAUAUUUUUCCGAAGGAAGUCAUCCUGUUACCUUUCUCAUCCCAUGUUCUGCUUCCUUACUUUCCCAUAAUUAGCAAAGCAACAGGUGUAUUGGAAGAAGCCAUGCAGAGAUGCCCUGUUACCUCUUUCACCAGAGACGUUGGGCAAGGAUCAAACUUGAACAUUUUGCCUGUACAAUGAACUGUGCACCCCUCUGAAUUCAAAUUAUUUGUCCAUUGCGAUCAGGGAUAUCCACAGUAGCCCUAAAAUGAAGCAGCCAAUUGAAUCUGGAAGUUUUGACAUUCAAAGCAUAGGCAGUCCUGUUGAGUGAUGGGUGUUCUUCAAAUUCACUUUCUUUUAAAAAUGUCCUAAAUUUGCAAACCUUGAUGAAGAGUUGAAGGCAAUCUUAAAAGAGGAAGGAGCAAGAUUCCAUGGUUUGACCACUAUGUAGUGUCCCCCUGCAGCUAAUCUUUAGAGGUGGAGAAGGAAUUUCCCAUUCCAGCAUUGAGAUGAUCAGCAUCUAAGAAUGUGACAUGGGUUAUCUUUUGAGGGCAAAUCACAGAGCUGGGUCUGGAUGCAGAAAUCUCAGCACUAAUACAGGUGAACUUUCCACAACAUUCGUCUGGAUUCUCACUUGUCUAGUUGGGGCUCCACAUGAUAAUGUAGGCAAUAAAAAAAAUAGAUAUAGGGGCUGAGCUGCUUCUGCUAUGUCAUUUAGAACAGUAUUUCUCAACCUUGACAACUUUUAAGAUGCGUGGAUUUCAACACCCAGAAUUCUGGUUGGGGAAUUCUGGGAUUUGAAGUUCAAGCAUCUUAAAAAGUUGUGAAGAUUGAGAAAUACUGCGUUAGAGCUUAGUCAUUUGCAUUCGAUCAGUGCCAGACAAGAAUCCACAUCUGGACUAUGCCUUAUUUUAUUACUAUUUCCCCCCACACAUCUCUCUCUGGCUGAAAAUUACCUUUGCAUUUCCAAAUAGGUGAGAGAUUGGGGAUGGAGACCAAGGAACUAAUAUUUAAAAGCUCAAAAAAUAUUGCAUUGGUAGUUACGAUGAAGGGGCACGAUCAUACUAAUCGAAUUAUAAAAGGGAUUCCUUGGGAUUUAAGCUGGAUUCAACCAAUCUCCGUGGUUGGGCAAGGCUGGUUGUGCUUAAAAAGUUAUCACGUAUUAUUCUGUUACAAUAAAACUGAAUUAUCCUGCAUAAUAAAUACAAUGUAUGGGUGGUGAAAGAGGGUGUUUAAAAAUGAGAGAUCAAGAAUUGUGCGGUGGAGUGGAGGAAAUCCCCGUUCAAGAGAUUCUGGGAAUCCCUUCAAAUUUGAUGGGUCUGUGAUAUGAAUCCAUUCUUCCAGGGGAAGAGAAAUCCACUGAUGCCUCCUUGCCAAAUUUCCCUAUCUGACAUGAAAAGCUGGAAGAGGUGAACCCCAUGACUUCCAAGCCAUGGAAAGACUGUGUGUCUCCAGACUUUCUGCUCAAGCUGCCAUUAUUGUUUUUUGGCUCUGGACUCAACAGUCCAUUGUUGUAGUUUGUGACUUGGAAACUCGUCCUUCUUCUGUUCUCCAGGUGUGUCACCUGAUCAUCUGCUCAGUAGGCUUCUGAACCCUCACAGCUUACCAACCAACCCAUCAUUUUGUCAAUGGUCAGCUCACAAGCCAAGAGACACCCCUCCCCCGCACGCUUUUUGCAUUAAAUUUUUGGCACUUUGUGGAGACAUCACUUGGGAAUCUUCUCUGUAAUGGACAAGGGGCAGUCUUUGAAAGCUCUAGACAUCUCAAGCUGUUCCUUGGGCCAUUGGGAAGGCCCUCAACAUCAGCAUCUCCAGCAACCAAUCUCCCAUCAGCAAUGUCUUCUUUCCUCCUCUACUCAACAAUGAUCUUCAUCUGGGUUGUUUGACCCAAGACCAACAGCAGCAAACGCUCCUACCUGGAUUUCUUUGAAGCUGAGAACAUCUGUCAAGGGGAUUGAAAGAGAAUCAAGGAAUGAAGAGGCUAUUCGGUGCUGCUUCAGAGAUUCUGGUGCUGGUGCAGUUAAACCCCUUCCCCACUUUUUCUCCCCCACAACCCAGUCUCUGUCUCAUCUAAUGUGUAUGACAUGGUGAUGAUAACCUUUGUGUGCCCAGUUCUCCACUGUUAAUUCCUUUCAUAUUCUUUGGCUCGCAGAAGUGCACUUCCCCCUUUCUCCCAAGCUUUCCAAACAUCAUGGCCAACUGUUUGAAGAUCUACCUUAAAUACACCCUGCCACACACACAUGCACACUUCUCUGUUGUUUGUUUGUAAUAUACUGGAACAGAGCAAAUAAAAAAGUGUGAAUCAUCUGGAACAAAAA